CGAGCCUAGGAAUACCAGUGUGGUCGGUAUUGACAGUCGAUCCACUGUAUGGAAAACUCCAAAUCUUGUUUCUGGCUGUUUUUUCUCUUGGACAAGGUACCAGGUAUCCUUCCAUUUCAAAAAGACACCUUGAUGAAAGAUACCUGUGCAUGAGUGAGUGCAACCAACUCCACAGUUGGCCCAAUGAGACAAAGCUGCUUCUCACUGCAAAUACUGCAAAGCAAAUUGUGGACAAACUUUCUUCUGCUGAAACUAACUGAAUCUAACUGUUUUGUGAUUGGCUGAUUAAAUGAGGAAGAUUUAUUGUCCGUUUAUUUCGUCAGCUUUCAAAUCGACCAUGGUGUCAUUUCCCAAACUCCACAGGAACUCUGUGGCCUAUGCCCUCAUCAGUUUAGCCUCGGGGAUGAUGGGCUCCAUAUUUGGUUUCUACUACGUCAAUAUCUUCUUGAAUCGUUACAAGAUUGAAGAGUCCUGGUUCCAGGCCAGUCAGGUUCUCUACAUGAUCUGGAACGCUAUCAACGACCCACUGUUCGGUUACUGGCAGGAUAACUUCCAGGGCGAGUGCUUCAAAACACGGAGUUCAGCCAUCAAAUAUGGUGCGUUGCUGUGGGCGAUAUCCUUCCUGAUCCCAUGGUUCCCAUGGACAAGUGAUCCUGCCAACACAGUCAUCAUUGGGAUUCAUUUGACUGUGUCUUUGUUUAUGUGGGAUGCUCUCUUGACCUCCGUCCUGUUAGCGCAGUGUGCUGUCUUUACGGAGAUGUCCAAAAAGACCGAGGAUCGUAUGAGGCUCGUCCGCUACACCCAGGUCGCAUCGUUUGUUGGUCACUUCUCUGUAUUUGUUACCGAAUAUUUCUCAUCCAAUUUGAAAAAUUAUCGAACAUUUCAAGGCAUGACUAUCAUCAUCGCCAUCAUAGCAUGGCUGUUGCUAAGAUACGCUGGCGACAAUGUUCUGACGGAAUACGAUCAAACGCUGCCAGACGUCAAUGGCGACAAGGAGGUUGUGAAACCUGGAACAGGUGGAACUGGCUGGCGUGCAUAUUUUAAACUAACGUGGCAGAUCAUGAAGAACGGGAAUUUCGUUUGCUUUGUUCUAACAAACUUCCUGACCAUAUUUUGUUCAACAUACAAUGGGAACUUUUCACGAAUCAUCUGCAACUAUCUGAUACCGGAGACAGACCUCUCAUCGUUCUGGCGGAGUGCCCUCUAUGGUUCAUUCAUGGUAGUACCCUCGUUGACGGUAUUCCUGGGUUCAACGGUUGUUGCCAAGGUUGGCUACUACAGGAUCAUCAAGUGUAACUUCAUCCUCCAGAUAUUAGUUGCAGCUACUAUGUACUUCUUAGGACGUGAACACACCUGGCUGCUGGCUGCCUUCUUCCUCAUUGAAAUUACGAUAUCUGCAUCUUCAUUUGCUCUCUACAACUUACCAUUGUCUGACAUCAUUGAGGAAGACAGAAUCAUGUACGGCCGAAGCCACCCAGUCUCCGCCAUGGUGUACGGAACCAACGCUCUCAUCACCAAGUCGGCUAAUUCGUUUCCCCCGAUGGUUGCGGUGAUGGUCUUCAACAAACACGGUUACAAUCAGCUGCGCGAUGGAAAGUUGAAAGUUGGUCCAGAGCAGAAUGAUCUCUUCGAUACCAUGUUCUUUCUGACUUGUCUUAUUCCUGUUAUCAUGGGCUUUCUCCAGUUGAUUGUUUGGUCGUUCUAUAGGAUUCGUAACAGUCACACGGUCGAUGCUAAACACUUGGAGGCAGCCACUUAUUAAAAACGGCUAUGACAUUCAUGAAGGCAUUGAGCUGGCAAAGAACACUGGUUGAAAGCAAGAAUAUAAGCAUUAGAUUUGUUACAUGUUAUAUCUUUUCAAAGAAAAUGUAUUCUGGGGAUGGCAGGCCGAUAACUGUGAUUAAAAAUGCCUCGAUGGUCAGUGCAGUACUUUCAGCUGGCCUGAAAUGGCCAGUUGAGUGUAGCACAGCACUCCUUGGUUUUCACAGAAAGGCUUUCAAUGUGGCAAAUGAAUGUGAACUGCUUUGAGACUGUACAUUUGUACACUCUGUAGUGCACUCUGUAGUGCAAUAUAGGAACUUUCAUGCUGUAGAUGUUAGUAUGAGGUGGACAUGGGUGGGUAACUUGGUGCUGGGUUUAUGAUUCCUGAGACAGAGGUUGAACGUUCUCUGUCACAUUAUUACAUAGAGUAUGAUCUUGUCUAGCCUGAUGUGGCAAAAUGAGCCACCCUGACUCCAAAACCCACGAUCUAUAUAGCAAGAACCGGACCAAGGGAAAGGGGGUUUGCAUUGUUAUUCCAAGUGCCAUAAAAUUGUGUAUGUUAAUAUGUUAUUUGUCUGACAAAGUCAGAAGCCCUAUUUAGCGAGGAUGCAGAGACAACUGCCCCCCAGAUGUCAGGGCUGAUUGGGACAGUUAAGCGGUGUUAUGCUCCCCCCCCACCUGAGGGUUGAAUACGGCCCGUUUGUUAUCUUUGUUUCAUUGUACUUAAUGUGCCAUAUGUUUCUGGCAGUCAGAACAAUAAUGUGUGGAGAGAAAUAAAAGCUAGACUAGUGGGUAUGAAAUGGACAAGAGGAAUUAUAUAGAUCUCUUGGAAAUAUAUGUAUACAUGUA